AUGCCUUCAUCCUCCCGUCAAUCGCACAGAGACAACGGUUCUACCCUAAAGUGGCCGGCGCAGAUAUCACCAGCAGAACUAGCUCCACCAUCAGAAGCCCAAGCUCAUCGGUUCGGUGCCGGACGUGCACGUAACGACAAUAAGCCGGCAUGGGAGCCAACCAUACAGCCACCAUACCCAUGGGCUUCAAACAUGAGGGCAAAAGUUUUAAGCCUGGAGGAAUUAAUAUCCAAGAAUAUCAUCGUAAUAAGUGGUGACGUUCACUGUAUGGAGUGCAAGAAGCAGUUCCAGAUUGAGUACGAUUUUCCAUCCAAGUUCUAUGAUGUUGUUAGCUUCCUGGUGAAUGGUAACGACAAUAUGCAUGAUGUGAUAAAAGACUGUAAGCUGUGUGGCAGAAGGAAGUGUGUUCAACCAGUGAUCUCUGGGAAGAAGAGAGAGACGAAUUGGCUUUUUCUGUUUCUGGGACAAAUGAUUGGAUAUUGCAAUCUCGCUCAUCUCAAGUACUUCUGCAAGCAUAACAACCUUCCCACAAGUGAAGCCAAAGAUCCAUUGGUUAAGUUAGCUUAUACCGCUUUACACUGUCAAUUAGAUCAAAAAGCUUAUGAUCUAUACAAUCAAUAA